AUGCCAUCGUUUCUCAACAACGAGGACAAUUCGGCCAUCUUCUCCAACAACCCCGACAUCCUCAACCUCGACCCCACAAACCAGUUCGGCCUCGCGACCACCAAGGAGAGGGUGAAUGGGGGUUCCAUCCGCCACACCCGAUCCGACACCAUCAAUGAGAGCUUCGACGAGAGCUCCAUCUCAUCCACUCACGCCUCCGACGUCUCCGAGCCCACGCCGACGCCUAUGAAUGGCAACGGCACGAGGCCCACGAGCAUGAGCUCCAUCUCCAACGGCCAGUCCGUUACAGCUAUCUACCCUCCUCGCCAAGAUGACGAAACCGACGUCUACCGGCAAAAGCCUAUGCCCAAUGGCACUGCGACUCUACCCGACCGCACAUAUCGACCCUCGGCCGAUACUAAUGGCGCCGGCCCCGUCAUGACAUCGAGCAACGGCCAUCAGUAUCCCACCACACUAUCAAAACCUCUGCCUUCUGAGCCCCCGGCCGAGGAGACCUAUGAAAAGCCCCCGAGCAGGAGCUUCGAUGCCCCGACCACAGCCCCUCCACCUCCCCCUGAGCCGCGUGGCUCACAAUCACAAACAGCAUUGCCAACCACCGCUCACCGGUUGUCAUCCCCGCCCGUCUACGUUUCUGGUAAUACUGCAGGUUCGUCCCCAGGACUCCUCCAGGCUCCCGGCCCAGGCGGCCUCAAGCAGAGAAACACACUCGACGUGCCAAAGCAUACACCUGGUCGAGGCUCCAGGGAUGGUAUGGAUACGGCACAGGCCAGCGGCCGCUUCUCUCCGACCGGCGCUCCUGCGACUGGUGGCCGACGGCCAUCUCUGAGCUUGGGUAGAAGACCAACCAGAUCGAUGCAGUCGGACGCACCCCGAGACGAGAUCAUUCCAGACGAGGACGCCCUCCGAUGGACAGAAGCAGUACGGGCAAAGCGGGCCAGCAAGCGGAGGAAGAAGGAAGAGGAGGAUGACGAACGCGUCAUUGUCGGCACCAAGGUGGACGAGACCCACGCCAACUGGGUAACGGCCUACAACAUGUUGACAGGUAUCCGAGUAUCAGUCUCACGGACAAACGCAAAGCUCGACCGGGAAUUGACUGAUGCCGACUUUGAGACUAAGCAGAAGUCGACAUUUGAUAUCGCCGGUAAUGAGCUGGUUCCAUCAGCCAAGUAUGACUUCAAGUUCAAGGACUACGCCCCUUGGGUUUUCCGUCGCCUACGUUCACUGUUCCGUCUGGACCCUGCCGAUUAUCUCAUGUCCCUCACGGGCAAGUAUAUCUUGUCAGAGCUUGGUUCUCCCGGCAAGAGUGGCAGCUUUUUCUAUUUUUCACGAGAUUAUAAGUACAUCAUCAAGACGAUCCACCACGCCGAGCACAAGUUUCUCCGAAAGAUCUUGAAGGAAUACUACCAGCACGUCAAGGAGAACCCCAACACACUUCUCUCGCAGUUUUACGGCCUGCACCGAGUCAAGAUGCCUUAUGGCAAGAAGAUCCACUUUGUGGUGAUGAACAACCUAUUCCCACCACACCGGGAUAUUCACACCACCUUUGACCUGAAGGGAUCAACUAUUGGCCGAGACUACAGAGAGGAGGACUUGGAGAAGAACCCACGUGCGACCUUGAAGGAUCUGAACUGGAUGAGGCGGCAGCGGAACCUGGAGUUAGGCAUCCGGAAGAAGCAACUCUUCCUGGAACAACUUCAGAGGGAUGUUGUUCUGCUAAAGCGCCUUCAGAUCAUGGAUUACUCGCUGCUGGUUGGCAUCCAUGAUGUCUCGCGGGGCAAUGAGGAGAAUCUACGUGACAAGACGUUGCAGGUCUUCAACCCUGGUGGUGAGAAGGCUCCUGAUGACGACCCUGCGUCGGUCCUCCUCCGCACGCCGUCCAAGUUGGAGAAUGCGCGAAAGGCCAGGGAGCUACGGCAGAUGAUCCGUCAGGAGCGACCAGUACCCAUGGGUCAAUCGGCAAACAAGAUGCCGGAUGAGCUGGAGGAGGGUCACAACCGAUCCGGGUUUGUGUUCAACCAGGAUGAUGGUGGAUUCAGGGCAACCCACGAAGACAACAGCCCAGCGGAUGAGAUUUACUACCUGGGAGUCAUCGACUGCCUGACUCACUACGGAAUUAUCAAGAAGAUUGAGCACUUCUGGAAGGGCUUGUCGAGCGACAGGUCACAGAUCUCGGCGCUACCGCCUGACCAGUAUGGUGAUCGGUUCUACCAUUUCAUCGAAGGGGUGACCAUGUCAUCCGAGGAGGCUCAUCGGGAGGCUGAGAGGAGAGAUCAGGAAAUGAUUGAGGCACAAGGAUCGGGCCAGAGGGUGUCGAGCUGGAAUUCGCGUCGUAGGUCGUCGCAAGCCAUCCCACCCAUGCCGACUCAUGUUCCUCCCCCGCCCCCUGGUCCUCGCUCUCCGGAAGCUCAAGAGACGGUAGAAAAGGCAAGCAGGGAAGCUGAGCGAGCAGAAAGGCACGGGCACACAGAGAACCAGGUGCCUGACCGAGUCCUGACGACUGCUGGCUCCAGGGGGGAUGCGCGUGACUCGAUGCAGCAUGAGCCUAUCCUGCCGGUUGUUGAGGAAGCAGGCGAGAAUGGCCGAGAUGACAGUCGACCCGAGACGCCACCCAAGGAUAUGAACAAGAACCUACCUCCGACAAGGGCACCCCCUCCUACACCACCCAAGACGGGAUACCAGAAGCCGGACAGCGCCGACAGCGGAUAUGCCGGGAUGAACCACAGCACCGGACCUGUUGACCAUGUCUCGAUGCUGCGAAAUAGCCUCGACAAGGAACUGCCGCCGCUCCCAAGAAAGGAGCAGACGAACGACAGCGGGGUGAGAAUGGUGGCAUAG